GUGGAGUCCACUCUCCGAGUUGUGCGGGGCUGCAGGGGACGCUGUGUAAUGUUGUGUGUGUGGGAAGCUGACGAUGAGGUGGAGUUUUCCCUUGGUGUUCAUCUGACAUGGGGGCCGGGCUCCGGCAUUAACAGAAGAAGCAGUAUAUGCUCCUGACACGGAGCGUGUCUGUGGGGGGUUUUCUGACUUUGAGUGGUGUAGAAUUUUGGGGCAGGAAAUAUCUUGCAUUGAAAUGCCCAAAUAAAUUGAAAUAUGAUGGGAAGCCAAUUUAAUAUCAGGCGCUGGACCAGCAAACACGUGGCCAAGUGGCUAAAGGAUGAAGGCUUCAGUGAAUAUGUUGAUCUUCUUUGUAAUAAGCACAGACUAGAUGGUAUUGCCUUGUUAACUUUAACUGAAUAUGAUUUACGUUGCCCACCUUUAGAACUAAAAGUGUUGGGUGAUAUUAAAAGGCUUAUGUUAUCUAUUCGGAAGCUACAAAAGCAGCACAAAGACAUUUUGAUAGAGAUGGGCUAUGCCAGCGAUGAAUGCCUUUCUGGCACUGUUGCACAUGCUAGUAAUUCAUCACAAAGCAGAGACUGUCAGUGUAAUGGUGUGGAUCAUUCCAGGGACACUAGUGUUUCUGGUGGAGACUUAAGGGUUGAACAAUAUCAGAAUGGCAAAUACUUCAAAUAUCAAACACGAAGACUUGACCCUGAGUUUUGGAAGACAGCUCUGAGUUCUGUUUAUGUAUUCAUAGUCUUUGGGUUUACAUCGAUUGUCAUGGUAGUAGUUCAUGAACGUGUGCCUGACAUGCAAACUUACCCACCCCUACCAGACAUAUUCCUGGAUAGUGUCCCUAGAAUACCCUGGGCAUUCGCAAUGGCUGAAGUCUGCGGUGUUGUGCUCUGCACCAUUUGGUUGUUGCUUUUGCUGCUUCAUAAGCAUCGGUCUAUCUUAUUUCGUCGCAUGUGCAGCCUGAUGGGAACAGUGUUCCUAUUGCGUUGUGUUACUAUGUUUGUUACCUCACUUUCUGUGCCUGGCCAUCAUCUGCAGUGUUCUGGAAAAUUGUAUGGAGAUGUAUGGGCCAAGUUUCAACGGGCACUUGCAAUUUGGAGUGGUUUUGGAAUGACUCUAACAGGCGUGCAUACUUGUGGAGACUACAUGUUCAGUGGCCACACAGUUGUUAUUACCAUGCUUAACUUCUUUGUCACAGAAUAUACUCCAAGAAGCUGGAACUUCUUGCACACCUUGUCUUGGGUGUUGAACCUGUUCGGGAUCUUCUUUAUCCUUGCUGCACAUGAACAUUAUUCAAUUGAUGUCUUCAUCGCAUUUUAUAUUACCACGAGACUCUUUUUGUAUUACCACACACUAGCUAAUACUCGAGCCUAUCAGCAAAGCCGAAGAGCACGGAUUUGGUUCCCAAUGUUUUCAUUCUUUGAAUGUAAUGUCAAUGGCCCUGUACCAAAUGAAUAUAGUUGGCCACUUUCUAGACCGAGAUUGUUGAAAGCCCUAAUUGGAUAAGAUGUAGUCCACACAAAUGAGUUAUCUUACAUUUGUUGGGCAAAGACAUUAUUAAUGGGGCAAUAGUUGGUUUUACACCCAAGGUUACUCCAAUGGCUUGUAUUAAGCCAGGUGCGAACAUGAAGGGGAAAGGAGACUUUGAUACAAAUUAAUUGGUGGUUAGAUUGAUUCAUGAUUAGUCCACCAAAUUGGAAAUAUACUUUUUAUCCCCCCGCCCCCAAAUAAAUCAAAGUGUCUUAACUUGGGAAUUCUUGCUCCAUUUGUUGGCCUUAUGCAAUGUGUGCGUUUUGAACAGGCAAACAUUUCACCCAGGAGCAACAGUGAACCUGAUGGACCAUGAAAUAUCCAGCCUUGGUUUUGGUAAUGAAAAUGCAGUGGAAUCCUAUAGAGUAGGGCUACAAAAAAAGAAAGUUGUGUUAUCCUUUUUAAGUCAGUGAGACUCUGGGAUUUUUCAGAGAGUUGACAUCUGAGAUGUUUGAAAGAAUUUUUCAUAGUGGCAAGUUUUUAAGAAUAUUUCCUUUAAGAAGAAUCCACUUUUGGAGUUUUUUUCCUAAUGUUUUAUUUCAGGGAAAUGUGCUUUCAUACUUGCUAAAGGAAACACUACAAAAGCAUAACAGAAACCUGAAAAAAAAGUAUAAAAAGCCAAUGAAAGCGUUUUCGUUAUGUGGCAACGUCAGUAUCCUCUUGAAUACCACAUGGGCAUUUAACCAAAAAUUACUCAAAGUAUCUGUUCUUCAAGCAAUAAAAAAUUUUUUGUUCGAUUCUGUCCCUUUGUGGGAUACAUCUGAUAUUAGUCUUAAUCAUAUUUGUUUUAAGGCGUUUAGCUGUUAGUUAUAGCUUCACUUCAUCUCUUUACAGAGCUGAAAUCUUUACAUGCACUGUUAACUGUGUAAUGUAACUCCUGGAAAUUGGUCCUCACAAUGCAUGUGUAGACAAAAACUCAAAGAACCACUUAUAAUCUGUUUACAUAGGUACCUAGAAUUUAUUAGAUUACACUAUUUGCAAUGAACAACUGUUUGAAUGAUUAAGAUAUAAUUAGGCACAAUUCUAUAAAGUUAAGUAGUUAAUUUUUAAAUGGUAUUUAGCAUUGAUACCAGUGAGUAGUGCAGAAUUUAUUUCUGGUCCGUAGAAUUUCUUCUGUAAUGUUGUGGGUAUUGUCAUGGUCUAAUGGCCUGCCAUGAGAGCCUUUUACAUAUUGACUUGAUUUAUUUUGCCUGGGUUUAAAACUUUUGUGGAGUCAUACCUUAGUGGUUAAAAGACACCAGGCACACAUUACUGAUCUAAAAAUAAGUGAAUAUAUUUUGACACUUGCACAAAGAAAUUAACAUAGCAUUACAAUUUUAGUUUUCUUCAAUUAGCUGUUAUCAACGUAUAAUUGAAACAGACAGUUAUAAUGUAUAUCUUCAGCAGAAUUCCACUGUAUUUCAGUGCAAAUAAUUACCCUCUGAUAAUUAUCAGAAAAAAACCUUUGGACAGCUAUUGGGAGAGUUUACAGGUUUAGACAUAAGUGGCUGACAUUUUAAAUAUUUGUCAAGUUCUUUUUGUCACAUAGAUUUUUUUUAAGCACAUGUAUGUCUCUUGGUGCUGAUCGUUAUUUUGUUGGAAACUGAGUGGCAUCAGCAAUGCAAAUGACCAGUUGAAACCUUUUAUGGGAACUGCUCAUCACUGGCUCUGCAGUUCCUUGAAGUGUUUUGUUCAAUAGUUGGAAAUCACAAUUAGUUUGAAAUAUUCCAAUUUAUGUCUUGCAGUGAGUAAUAACUAAAAUCAAUAUUAGUUGACAUUGAGGCAACACCUGCCAAUAUUAGGUUGUUAUUUGAAGUGUUUUGCAGUUCUUUUGUUCAAAUGUUCAUUCUCCAAAUUGUCACCAAGAAUUUAUCACUGCCUGUUUAAAUAUGGGUGUCUCACACAGUAAUAUGUUACCUUUAUACUCAACAACAUCAGCAUGUACAGUUUUGGCUGCGUUUGUCCAGAGCAUAUGCCAGUUACCUAGGUAUUAAACUGAAAAGUGAAGCAUUUCACUGCAUGUAUGAUUUCUUGUAUACGUCUCCUGUAUAUGAAAAAAGUGACCUAUAGCACUGAAUCUGAAUGAAGUGAUUCUGCAUUGCUCACAACUAGUUGUCAGUAAUUAAUUGUUUACAUUCCAUUCCUGUUAAUUGAUAGCUGUUUAAUGAUGCGAAUUCAAUUCUAUUCAACUUUAAUGUUAUUCCCCUGAACUAUAUGUAACAAAUCUUUAUACCAGAUCUACCAGAAUUUUAGCUUUAAAAUGAUGAGAUAUAUAUGAAUUAAUGUUUUUUGCAUGCA